CGUUUUGCCGUUUUAAAAUUUGAACGAGUUGGCAGCCCUGUCGACAAAAUCAGCUGUGCGGUCUAACACGUGCAUGUGUGUGCCUGGCUGUACAGAGCUUGUGUGGAAAAGUUCACAAGCGUAGAACGUAAAAAAGUAAAACAACACAGAAUGCGUCAGAAUACACCGCCGCACCGGCCCGACUUCGAUUACGCAGAUGACGAAAUCCUGGAGGAAAUUGAACUGGAUGGCGAUCCGCCGCUUGAUGAUGACAUCGACGAGCUAGAAAUGGAGGAGGUGACGUUGGCGCAGCUGGAAGCACGCUUGGGCAUGAACAACGAUUCCGACGAUGCCAUGGACAAUGAAGAAGAUGAGGAGGAGGAGGCGAGGGAUCGUGAACGCAUUGCUGCCAUCAAAGAUGAAGCCGUGUUCACGUUCCGCAAGCACACAGCACCUGUCUUUGGCUGCAAUCUGCAUCCGAAGUUCAAUUGGGCUGUCACUGGCAGCGAAGAUGACCGCGCCUAUGUGUGGGACACCAACAACGGCGAGGUGCUGUUCGAGAUAACUGACCAUAAGGACACCGUUACUGAAGCGCAUUUCAGUCAUGAUGGCAGUUACCUGGCCACAGGCGACAUAUCCGGUGAGCUGCUGGUGUUCAAAGUAAACGAACAGAACGACGACCGACCCAUUCUAAACAAGGUCUGGGAGUACUCCAUGUUCGACAUGGCCUGGAUGUUCUGGCAUCGUGCUGCUAAUGUACUGCUGGCCGGUGGCGACAGUGGUGAGGUCUACAUAUGGCGUAUUCCUAGCGGGGAGUGCAAAAUACUACCUGGACACUCCGCGCGCUGCGAAGCUGGCGAGCUAAGCGGCGACGGCAAGAAACUGCUUACAGCCUACACGAAUGGCGUAGUAAAGCUGUGGGAUCUAAAGACCUGUUCGGUGCUAAUGGAGGUGAACGAGCAACACCCUCUUGCUUUUGGGGAAAUCAGUCAUGCUGUCGUGGCCUGUGAACCGGAUUCGCCGUUUUAUUUGUGCGCCGAAGGUGGUGGCAAACUACUCUUCUGCACUAACAAUGGACCGGUGAAUGUUGUCCAGUCAGAGCACGGGAUUGAAUGCAUUGCCUUCGCUCCUUCUUCGGCAGAUCUAAAGCUAGUGGCCUGCGGCUCGCUGGACGGCCAGAUCUCUAUUUGGGACUAUUCCAAGUAUGCGCUACGCACGAUUUGUGAAAGCCCGGUGCCGAAUGACGGAAUACUUCGGCUUAAAUGGUUGAACGAUCAUACUUUGCUGACAGCCACCGCGCAGGGAAAUCUGCAUGCAUUCGAUGCACGCACAGGCGAUCUUAAAUUUACACUCACUGGACAUUUCUACCAUAUAUAUGAAUUUGCAUAUAAAUGUCAGGAAAAUUUAUUGUUGACCGUUUCGGAGGAUACCACAGCGAAAAUAUUUAAAAUACCCCCUCUGGGCGAAUAGAUAUUAAUAUUAAGGGUACAAAUACGAUGCUUAUUAAAUUUACAAAAACUUUACAAA